GGCGUAUUAACCGCUUUACUGUUCUAAACUUACUCAUAGUUACGCUAAAUAAGAUAAAAAGUGUGUAUACCUGUAUACAAUAAAUAAUACUAUCUAUGCUGUCAGAUUUUGUUUCGCCCGCUGUGCGUUUUGUUUAUAGGUGUGGUUAGAAGAUAAAGUUUUGAGACUGUUUUUGCGAUGGCAGGAAGAUUACCUGCGUGUGUAAUUGAUGUAGGAACUGGGUACACAAAGUUAGGAUUUGCCGCAAACAAGGAGCCCCAGUUCAUUAUUCCUUCCGCCAUCGCCAUUAAGGAGAGCGCGAAAGUAGGCGACCAGUCAGCGCGUCGCUUGACAAAGGGCGUUGAAGACUUGGACUUCUUUAUUGGAGAUGAAGCGUUUGAUGCCACGGGAUAUGCUGUGAAGUACCCGGUGAGACACGGCCUCGUGGAGGACUGGGACCUCAUGGAGAGGUUCCUGGAGCAGUGCAUCUUCAAGUACCUGCGCGCCGAGCCCGAGGACCACUACUUCCUGCUGACCGAGCCCCCGCUCAACACCCCCGAGAACCGCGAGUACACGGCAGAGAUCAUGUUCGAGUCGUUCAACGUGCCAGGGCUGUACAUAGCGGUGCAGGCAGUGCUGGCGCUGGCCGCCUCGUGGGCCUCCCGCCCCGUCAGCGAGCGCACGCUGACGGGCAUCGUGGUGGACAGCGGCGACGGCGUCACCCACGUCAUCCCCGUGGCGGAAGGCUACGUGAUCGGGAGCUGCAUAAAGCACAUCCCGAUUGCCGGCCGCAACAUCACGUACUUCAUCCAGUCGCUCCUGAGGGAGCGGGAGUUCCAGAUCCCCCCGGAGCAGUCCCUGGAGACGGCCAAGGCCAUCAAGGAGCGCUACUGCUACAUCUGCCCGGACAUUGCCAAGGAGUUCGCGAAGUACGACUCGGACCCGUCCAAGUGGAUCAAGAAGUACGACGGCAUGAACGCAGUCACCAAGGAGCCCUUUGUGGUUGACGUCGGCUACGAGAGGUUCAUGGGACCGGAGAUAUUCUUCCAUCCGGAGUUCUCGAACCCGGACUUCACCACGCCCCUGUCCGAGAUCGUGGACACGGUGAUCCAGAACUGCCCAAUCGACGUGAGGCGGCCGCUGUACAACAACAUCGUGCUGUCCGGGGGUUCGACCAUGUUCCGGGACUUCGGGCGUCGCCUGCAGCGGGACAUCAAGAGGACCGUGGACGCCCGUCUCAAGAUAAGCGAAGCUCUGAGCGGGAACAGGAUAAAGCCGAAGCCAAUAGACGUGCAGGUGAUCUCUCACCACAUGCAGCGCUACGCAGUGUGGUUUGGCGGGAGCAUGUUGGCAUCCACUGUGAGUUCAACUCUGUAUCAAGGUUCAAACCAUGCUAACUGCUAUUAUUUUUGUUUUGCUGGGUGGAUCUGUAGGUUUCACCAGUUUAUUAGAAACGAACAAAAACAAGGUGUGAUUCCGUCUGAAAUAUAAUUACUUCAUACUGAGGAAUCUUAUAACAGAUACAAGAAAAUAUUAACAUACAGUAUUAGUUACAUUCUUAAACAGCUCUCAGGUAUAUUCAAAAAAAAAAUUAUUGGCCGGCCGUACAUGGAAUUAUCAAAAGUUUCAUUUACUAAAAAUACAUAAACCAAUAAAAAAAUACAAAUAUGAUUAAACGAUCCCAGGUUAUAUAUGUACUUAAAGUCCAGAAAUUAUGUUUAUAUAAUUAACUGCCUCUGACGACGUAAUUUAAAGAAAGUUCAGAAAAGGGUCAAAAGAUACAGAAGCACCGGAGGUCGGGGCUUCGUUUCCCGGAGAUCACGCGGGUACAUGAUGCCAGGGCGCUUGUGUCCUGUUGUGGAAGGGAGAUGAAAAUGCCAAUUCGGCGUCCGGCUCUCGGACCCUGUCUGGAACAGUCAGAAUCAAAACUGAUCAGAACUUGAACACAGACAGUAUACGGGGCAGAAAAUGCCCGGAAAAGUUAAGGGGAAGUUGGGGAAAGUCGCGGAUCGUCACUCACCAGACAGGGGAGUUGACUUCUAUUUACAGAUGUGUCGCCAGCCAGGAACAGGAUCCCGCGAAUACAUGGCUGGGCGCGGUCGUUUUCAUCAUUUCAAAAAAAAUUAAAAGAAAAAAUAACUAUUACAUUUUGUACUACGCAGACGGACUAAACUACUUGAAAAAGAUUAUAGGGAUAGCAUCCCUUAUUUAGGCGACUACAUAGUCGGUUGCGGCCGGAUGUAAGUCUUGCAGUGUCUCGUCGACUCGCCGAUAAUCGUGGAAUGGUCCGUCUGCAGUCACGACGCGAAGUGUCUCGCGGAGAACCGCGUCUCGUAAUUAAAAGUAAAUCUUGAAUCAAAAGUGGAGGGGAGGGGGCUGGGAGUCCGGACCGAAAGGUCCCGAAGUUCCUUGAGUGGGCGUCAUAAAAAAACUCUGACUGAUGUCUCGAAGUUGGUAGCACUGGCCGACUUUAGCGCUACCUGUUGAGAGGUGUCUGAAAUAAAAAGAAUCGACUCGUCCAAGGUGUCUGCUUAAACCAAGGGUUAAAGGGACAGUCAGGUGCUACACUCUGGCGGCCUACAGGAUAAGUUGGCUGGGCGGUUCGCGAAUUUGCCGCUCGGUAUCGUGUGCGGUCCAUCUUGGCACACACAUUUUUUAUGCAAGGCGUCCUUGGAGACGGUCGCUGUCUGCUGGGGUUUCUGACCUGUCAUUGGCUUUAGACAAAUUCUUAGAACCGAGUGAGGAGGGGGGUGAACAAAAGUGCAACGACGCUGAGAACAAGCGUCCAUGACGUGCUUUUCGAGGAGAGAACCUAAUAUGUAUUCGUGACAGUAAAGGCUAUGGUCAGCUUGUCUCUGAGAAAUGGUAACAGCUCGUCCAGAGCAGCUGUAUGCAGUUUUAGUCAUGAAGUGAAGUAACGUUACAGGCCUGGGACGUGCCUGUAAGCGAGGGAAAUUUUAAGCGAGCUGCCAACAAAGUAUUAGAUUUGCAAAAGAUCCUAUAGGUCUCUGGGAAAGGUGCCUCAGACCACUGGCACAAAGUUUAACUUAGGGGAGUACACCAGACUAACAAAGUGUAAAUCGCCCUUUAGUAACCAAAUUAUAGAGCAAAUAAAAUUUCCAAAAAUAAUUUAAAAUUAUAGUAAAAUUUAAAAAAAAACGUGUCG